CGAUGAGUCACCUGCGGCCAUGGAUCCGAGCGGCGCGCCGCUCGUACAGCGUCAAGGCGACAGGCUACACGGCGAUGGGCUCGUUCCAUACGCCUAGCAUUGACGACAUCUUUGAGCAAGGCGCCAUAGAGCUGCCCGUGGUCAUGGAUGACCAUGGCCCCCCGACGGCGUUCGGAACGCCGAUGCGCCAGCACUUCUUUCUCGACCCAGCGUGGACGUUUAUCAACCACGGCGCCUUUGGCGCAUCGCUUCGGCCGGGCAUGGCGGCCGCGCAGCAGUGGCGGGAGCUCGCGGAGCGCCAGCCACUAAAGUUUUACGACCGGGAGCUCUUCUUUUACCUCGUCCACGCGAUUCAAGCCCUUGCCAGCGCGUUGCAUGCGCCACCGAAGGACGUCGUCUUGCUGCCCAACGCCACAUCGGGCCUCAACGCGGUGAUUCAAUCGAUGGCUGCGACCAUGCAGCCCGGCGACUCGAUCUACAGCUUGGACGUGGCGUACGGUGCCGUCAAGAAGCUCCUGCAUCAAGUGUGCGCCGAGAAACAGCUCGUCCAUGCAUCCCACGCCUUGAGCUUUGCCGACGCGCACGACGACGACGCGAUCAUUGCGCGUAUCGCCGAGACGCUGCCCGCGUCCGGCUGCCGGCUCGUCGUUAUGGACCACAUCACGUCCAACACGGCGACCGUGCUGCCGGUCCAGCGCAUCACGGAGCUCUGUCACGCGCGUGGCAUCCCGGUGCUUCUUGACGGCGCCCACGGACUCUUGAACCUCCCGCUUGACUUGAGUGCCAUCGGUGCCGACUUUUACGUUGGCAAUUGCCACAAGUGGCUCAGUGCGCCCAAAGGCGCAGCCUUUCUGCACGUCGCGCCGCACUACCAGUCCAUUAUACGCCCCCAAGUGCAGUCCCACGGCAUGGACGACGGCUUCCAGAGUACCUUCCUCUGGACAGGGCUCCAAGACUACGCGUCGCUCCUCGCACUCCCCGCCUGCCUCUCGUUCUGGGCAUCGCACAACGUCGAAGCCGUCCGUGCCUACAUGCACACGACGGCCGCCGACGCAGCGACGGAGCUCACACGGCACUGGCAGCUCCCGCCGGCGCGCGAUGUCCCGUCCCACAAGCAGUGCAGCAUGCGCCUCGUAGCGCUGCCGCCGCGCGUCUUUGGCACGUCGUCGACGCCGACGUCCGUCGACGCCAAGCUAGUGCAAGACUCGCUGCACUUUUUGCAUGCGAUCGAAGUGCCCGUCAAGUGCAUCGAAGGGCACUUGUACGUUCGGCUCUCGGCCCACGUGUAUAAUACCACGAGCAACUAUGCACGGCUCGCCGACGUGGUGCGGUCGGCCUCGGUGAGCGUGUAGUGUGCCAAUGUAAUAGACCAACUUUGGUCUUUAAAAGCAACAGCGAAGAUAAAGCCG